AUGUCUUCCAUUGCUCGCCAGUUGCGCCCGCGGGUGCUGGUCCGCGCAUCCUUCAGAGCUGUGCCCGCAGUGUGUGCGCAAGCUCAGCGUUUCCCCCGCGCAAAGGUCCUUGGUGUUGCGACAUGCCGUGACAUAACGACGACACCAAUCCGCAGAUCACAGAAGGCACCUGCUACGAAGAGAGGUGGCUCGAAGCUGUAUGCAUCUGCCGAUGAGGCUGUCGCGGACAUCAAGAGCGGAUCAACUAUUCUGAGUUCGGGUUUCGGGCUCUGUGGUGUUGCAGACACAAUCAUCGCUGCAAUAAACCGUAGGGGGCCCGAGAACCUGCACUCGCUUACAGCUGUCUCAAACAAUGCCGGCCAAGAAGGCAAGGGUGGUCUGGCCGUCCUCACCAAGGCUGGCCAGGUGAACCGCCUGAUCUUGUCAUUCCUCGGAAACAACAAGGCAUUGGAGAAGAAGUAUCUCACUGGAGAGAUCGGCAUCGAGCUGUGCCCUCAGGGAACGCUCGCCGAGAGGAUCCGUGCCGGUGGCGCUGGAAUUCCCGCCUUCUUUACGCCCACUGGAGCUCACUCUCUGGUUCAGAGUGGUGACAUUCCUGUCAAACUCGAUGCUUCUGGCGCCGUGAAGGAGCGCGGACGCACCAGAGAGACGAGAGAAUUCAACGGCAAGACGUAUCUCAUGGAGACUGCGCUUACGGGAGAUGUGGCCAUCUUGAGAGCAUGGAAAGUGGACACAGCAGGAAACUGCGUGUUCAGAUAUACAACCAAAGCAUUCGGACCCAUUAUGGCCAAGGCCGCAACAGUCACCAUCGUCGAAGCGGAGAAUAUUGUCGAGGCGGGCGCAAUCGACCCCAACGACGUCGAUUUGCCCGGAAUCUUUGUCGACCGAAUCGUGCCUUCGACCGCCGAGAAGAAUAUUGAGAUUCUCAAGACAAGGGCGGAGGAUGGUGAAGGCGAAGAUCUGAAUGCACCCAAGAACGAUGCGCAGGCGAGGCGCAAUCGCAUUGCCAGACGUGCUGCGAAGGAGUUGCAGGAGGGUUUCUACGUCAACCUCGGCGUUGGCAUCCCGACUCUGGCUCCCUCAUUCCUCCCGGCUGAACGCAAUGUUUGGAUUCAAUCUGAGAACGGAAUCCUGGGCAUGGGUCCUUACCCUACCAAAGACCAGGUCGACGCCGACAUCGUCAAUGCUGGCAAGGAGACUGUCACCCUCGUUCCCGGUGCUUCAACAUUCGACAGCGCCGAGUCUUUUGGCAUGAUCCGUGGCGGCCAUGUAGAUGUCUCUAUUCUCGGUGCGCUGCAGGUGAGCGCCACAGGCGACUUGGCCAACUACAUGAUUCCCGGCAAGGUAUUCAAAGGCAUGGGAGGUGCUAUGGACUUGGUGUCUAAUCCCGACAACACCAAGAUCGUUGUCGCGACCGAGCAUGUUGCUAAGGACGGCUCUUCCAAGAUUGUGCAAGACUGCAGUCUGCCGUUGACUGGUGCUCGUGUUGUCAGCACAAUCAUUACUGAUCUGUGUGUCUUUGAGGUCGAUCGCAAGAAUGGCGGUCUGACACUGACCGAGGUCGCGCCCGGUGUUAACGUUGAAGAAGUGAAGUCGAAGACGGACGCAACAUUUGAGGUCGCAAAGAAUCUGAAGACGAUGGAGUGA